AGACAUUUUAGUGUUGUUAGAAAAGCAACAGUUUUUUUUGCUUCGGAUCGUUGCAUACUGGUAACAAAGAGAUGGAGUGUAGGAGGCUGUUAAGGUUGCUGAUCAUCUGCCUGUUCUUUCUGGCCGUAGUAAAGCUGUUUUUUGGCAGUUUUAGCAUGGACAACCAAGGACUAAUAGAAUCAACAAGCAAAAAGAUAGAGAUACUAAACCCAGGUAAAUUCUGGUCAAAGAAACCUUUUGUCCAAAAAGAGCCACAAAUUUCAAAGGAACCUGUGCCUCAACCUAGCAAUAUAAGUACAAAUCCAAAGAAAAUCGAGAAAAGCACUACAGAUACCCCAGUGAAACAGGUCACAACCCCUCUCCGUGUGGUGCACUUAGAUCUUAAAGGUGCUGCACCAAACGUCAGAUAUCUUCAACAGAUCUUUCCACUCAUUUCUUCUCUGGGUGCUAAUGGCGUUUUGAUGGAAUAUGAGGACAUGUUUCCCUAUGAAGGUGACCUCCAGCUUCUCAGGGCACCAUUUGCAUACAGUGUGCAGGACAUAGAAGAAAUUGUGAACUUAGCACACAUCAACAAUCUCGAGCUGAUCCCCCUGGUGCAGGUGUUUGGACAUUUAGAGUUUGUUCUGAAACAUGAAAAGUAUUUUAAACUGAGAGAGGUGGCAGACUUUCCUAACAGCCUGAAUCCCCAGGCCCCAGGUAGCCUAGAUUUGAUUAAAGAGAUGCUAAUACAGGUCCUGAGGAGGCACCCAAAUGUACAACGGUUCCAUAUUGGAGCAGAUGAGGUUUAUGGGCUCGGUGGGAGUGAAUCCUCAAAACACUGGAUACAGCAUAAUAAUGGAAGCGUAGGAUCUCUCUUUCUCAACCAUGUGACACAGGUUUGUCACUUUAUGGCUGAACGGAGACCUGGAAUAAAGCUGAUGUUUUGGGAGGAUAUGCUGAGGAAGAUCAGCACUGCUACAAUGAAAGAAUCAGGUAUGGCACAUCUUGCAUCACCUAUGAUAUGGCAGUAUGAUUCAACCCUGGAUGUAACAAAAAUAGGAGAACUGAUAUCUCGCUACCAAGACGCCGGGUUUAAAAGUGUGUGGUUUGCAAGUGCAUUUAAAGGAGCUUCAGGCAUUGACCAGAGGUGGACUCCACUAACUCACCAUUUACAGAAUCACUUAGCCUGGCUUAAAGUCGUAACAUCCAUGACCCAGUACCCAUCUAUAACAAUGGACGGCAUUGUCUUAACAGGAUGGCAAAGAUAUGAGCAUCAUUCUGUGCUUUGUGAACUGCUUCCUGUGGGCACACCGUCUUUGGCCAUCUGCCUACAGACUCUAAAACAUGGUUCAUUUGAUGAAACAGUUAAAGCUGACAUACAGCACAUGUUGGGCUGCACAGUAGAAUUCACUAAGAACAGCUGUGAAGGCACCCGGUCAUUUCCAGGCUCCGAAGUCUACGGCAUGGUGCAAAAGAUCAACACAGACCUUCAGAAGUCAGUGGAAAAAAUAAUGCAACACGGUGCUGUAAGAGGUUCGUUUAGUCCCUAUCAUCGAAAGUACAGCUUUGGAAAUCCUCGGAGUAUUGGAUUUAUCAAGAAUGAUCUAACAAAAUUUCUGAAUGAGUGGGAGACAUUUUUGGAGACAUUCCAGACAGAGAUGGACAAAAUCUUCUAUCCAGAUACUGUGGAGGAGUGGAUAGAAGAGAAUGUCAACAUUUACAUGAAUAAAGUCCGCAGCUUAGCAAAAGACAUGGAACAAACUUUAAAGCUGAAAGGACAGCCAAAGAGUCUCAAUCCUUCAUACAAAAAUAAAGAAGUGUAAACUUGUUUAAAUGUUCAUUUAAAUUACAUUAAUUAAAUGUAUUUAUUUUUGUCGAAAACUACAUACAGCUUCUGUUACAUGUAAAAUAUUUGAAUUUGCCAAAGAUAAACAAUGCACAAGGUUACAUAUUUUAACAUUUUGCUUUGUUAAAAUAUGGAAACUAAAUGGGAUUUAAGGUAAAUAUAUGAUUGUCUAUAAAUGUGAGCUAAAAUGUGGUACAUGUCAUUUUGCACUUUUUGUUUUGCAUUGAUUCCAGAUCAGCAUCUGGUGAAAUCUGGAGUUCUUUAACAGGUUGCUUUUAUUAGCUAUUGGUUUUGGGUGGGAGAUGGUGUAGAUCAUAGUUUGUUUGGAUCUCAUUACAAAUGAACAUCUUUUAAGUGCCUUUUUGGAAAAUGUAAUUUAUUACAUUGAUUUUAUAAUAUGCAGCUUUUAUUUGGAGUGUCUUUUGAUAAUGAAUUUCCUACAUAUAAAUUGUAAGUGUUUUUUAUAUGUACUCUAGUAUGUUUAUCCAAACUGGCCAUUAACCCACAAUUGCUUGCAUCGUAUUCGGUCACAGUUGUAAGUCACUUUGAAUAAAAGUGUUUGCUAAAUGA